GAUUCUUCCGGGUUCGCGACUGGGGUUUCAUUUUCCCCUUUUUAUUUUUAUAUAUAUUGCUCAGGGCGUCAGGCAUGAGCGCUUAGAUUGCCUCACUUUCUGCCUUUUUUCAUUUGACGCCGAAGGACGAGCGCUAUUGAAAACCAUCCAUCCAUCCAUCCAUCCAGCGAGCCGCCGCAAAAAUCCCAUCACACGCAGCAUCCCUAUCAACCCCUACCGCGCGCAUCCACAGCCCUCUUAGCCAAUUCCUCCCUCCGAAGUGGAAACCCAAUCAACCCCUCACUGUCUCACAAAAGGACCGAGUACUAGUCACCUACCCUACCCAGAGUUCCUACCACCCACUCAUCCUCCAGCGCCAACACGACACACCCAACCCCAACCCCAGCACCCACCAAACCGCAGACCAAAGAAAAUGGACCCGCAAGCCUACCUCCUCCGCCACGGCUGGUCCGGACCCGGGAAUCCACUGAACCCGAACCGCCGCCCCGGCACGCACGGGGGGCUGGGUCUGACGAAGCCCCUGCUCGUCGCGCGGCGCCAGGGCAACGAGGGCGUCGGCAAGAAGACGACCAAGGACCCGACGAAUCAGUGGUGGUUGCGCGGGUUCGAGGACGCGCUGAAGGGCGUCGGCGGCGAUGCGCCGGCCACCGCUGGCGCGGGGUUCAGUCGUGCGAAUGCGCUGACGAGUGAGCUUUAUCGGUUUUUUGAGUCGCGGGAGGUGAAGAAGGCAAGGAAAGAGGAGAAGAAGCAGAGGAAGGCUGAGAAGGAGGGGAGAAGGGCUGCGAGACAGGUGCGGAGGGAAGAGAAGAAGGUGAAGAAAGAAGAGAAGGAGAAGAGGAGGGCGGAGCGCGCGGCGCGGAGGGAGCUGAAGCGUCAGAAGAAGGACCAUAAGCCGGAGGAUGACUAUCCUACGCCGGUGUCGAUGGAGUUGGAUUCUGCUGAGUCGAGUGGCCGCGACGAGGCUGCCUUGAAGGAGCAGAAGAAGCAGGAGAAAAAGGCGAAGAAGGCUGAGAAGGAAAGCAAGAAGGCGGCGUCUUCAUCUGAUGAGAAACCCAAGUCCAAGUCCAAGUCGAAAUCGAAGUCGAAGUCGAAAUCGACGCAGGAUUGAACACAGCCUAUCUGCUGAUGACUAGCGAUCGACGUUUUGAGUAUUUGUUGCCGUGUGUACAUUUCAUAGCGGUUUGGCCGUUGAUAGAUAGAUUUUAGAUACCCAUUUGGCACGGCUUACGGUGGUUGAGUAGACAAAAGCAAUGUAUAUCAAUCAAGUAUAGAUCAUAAG